AUGGAGGACAAAGUACCGGCGUUUCCAGCUCUUGACCUUGUUGCCGUCGCCGACCUCCGCGCCAUCAUGCUACCCCUCGACGCGAUUGUGGCCGAGUUACCGUCGCUUUGGUUGAAGAGCAUUUGCCACCACGAGCCAUUCUCCCCGAAGUGGAGUCCGUUUGCGGCCGAUAUGCAAGCCGGCAAGGUCGCCGUUACCGACGAGGCCGGUCGAGCGGCUGGGAAUGCGAGCGCGAAGACUCCUAACCCAGACGAAAUGCAUCGAGCAGCAACCGCUCACGAUCAUGUGCACGGUCUGGAUCGACGGCGUCGUGAACAUCAAGACAUCCAGGUGACGGACAAGGCGCCGUCACCGUGGCUCCAAGAGUUUUUGGACAUCAAGGUCGAGAUGCGUCACUUGACGCUCGGUCAAGCUGAAUUGGACGUCCCCGAGAACAAGCAGUCCUCGCCGCAGCCCGAGCGCGCCAUCAGCCGUCUUCACGACUCGAUUGCGCCAUGUAGUGACGAAGUCGUCGUCGACAACGGCUUGCCGUACUGA